AUGAUAUUCGCAAUUGUAAAGUUAAUCCUGAGGUGUUACUCGUUGGUACUACUCUUUAUAACUGGCUUCCUUCUAGGGUUCCUCUUGAUAGGAUGUCUGGAUCCAACUUCGCUGUUUUCCAAUGUAUACUUAUCCAAGUUCGAGUUCAAUAAAACUUCUGACUUGUACAGCAAUGUCAGGGCCGCGUACAAAAGCACAAACUCCUCAACAGAAUUGGCUGAAAUGUCCAUCAGAGUGGGCUAUCUAGGAGUCUGUGUAAAUAUACAACAGAAUAUGACAUGUACUUCUUUUAGUACCUUGAACACUUUGGCAAACGUAUCUGGCAUCUCUAUUAUUCCUACUAGCACUAAAUCGACCCAACCUCAACUAGAUCUUGUUGGCCUAGCAAAGGUCUUCAGUAAUAUUUGUCAUCCGCAUAUACUUAUGACAGUGAUAAUUCUUGUCUUGGUAAUGUUGCUACUAAUAACAUAUAGCUCCAUUCCCGGCUUCCCAGGUAGACAAAGAACCACAAUGAUUACAACUGGGUUUGCCCUAUGUACUGUGCUACUCUGGGGUUUGGGAGCCAUGUUGCAGUAUGAAUGUGUGAGUACUACAAAGAAAAUAGUUGCGAAAAGUAGCAUGGGGGUAAUUUCCGCCGGAGCAGGCAGUAGGGCACAGGCCAUGUCUUGGACGUCCUUUGCAUUUAUCUUUAUUGUAUUCUUGGACUGCGUGUAUAGAGUGGUGAGGAUUCUCAGAGAGAAUAAGAAGAGAGGAGUAGCUGAAAAGUGUUGA